GAGCGACGGAUAGAAAGAGAGGCGCUCUAUGAUUGGUCAGUGCGUUUCCAUGGUUGCCAGUAAACAGUGGACGGUUGAACAUGGAGCCGUGUGUCGACACUGGGCGGUGUUCUGAGUAAAUUCCUGUCAUGGAGCCAGGGGCAUGUGAUCGGAUCUCUCACUGGAAGCCCGAGGCGGACAGAGAGGAUGCCAGAAGAGGUGAUGUGGCAAAACAGCCAUCUGCAAAAGAGCAACUGAAUGAAUAUUUAAUCGGCCUGCAACACAGGAACAGGGCUCUGCGGAAGCUGCAGGUGAAGGGCCAGAGGCAGGUGCAGUUAGAACAACUGGAACAGGGCUUCUGCAUUUACAUCAAUGGGGCUAAUGCUGACCUGAGUAACGCUAAGGGCAACAGGAAAGCCAGUCCUAGACACACACACACUGCAGACACACUCAGAAGUUUUACAGAGGAUGCAUAUGAAGUGAAUCGUCACAUUCCCAGGAGUCACACAGCUCCAGAGAGAGCACAGCGUAGGGCAUGGGUCCAGACAUCCGUACAAAUCCGCACCGAGAGCGGGGCUCGAGUGAAAAUAUCUCCGGCUGUUCGAUACUCGGACGACUUUGAGACGUACAAGAGUGUUGACAUGGAGGCAGAAAGGGAGGUGUGUAAGUCUCACUCCGAUUCCGAACCUGCUGAACAACUCCUGCUUAACAUCGACCAGGUCAAGGUGUUGCGGCGCAGCCUGGAGGCCAGUGUGAAGCGGAGCAGCAAGAACUCUGCAGGUGAGGACUCGGAGAACGAGUGGGUGGAAGAACAGUUCGAGAGGGACGACAGCGUCAAUGACCUCACACCGUGCCAGUCAAUCAGGAGCCAGCCCAACCCCAGUGACCUCAUCAUGCUGAACUUUAGCCCCUCCCCCACAGGCCGUAAGAUAGAGCACUGCUUCUCAGCUAAGCGGAAAGAUAACGUGGAUUUAUAUGUCCCCACUAAAUCUGUUCUGGUAAAGACAGGAAGCCAGAGGUCCAGCAAAACCAGACAGGAUACACCAUGUCCAGAGGAACGUGUAGAGCGCCCCCUGUCUGCAGUGCGAGACCCAGAGGAGACGGUGCUCGGUGUGUUCCAGGCCAUACAGAACCAGAACUCGCCCCUGCACACACUCACACCUGAGCACCAAGAUCCUGUCCUACAGAGGAGUGUGCUCAAUCCGAAGGUGAACUGCUCCAUCACAUACCAGGCAGAUAUCAACCAGAACGUUCAGGAGAAAGAGGAGGAGAAUCAGCUACUGAGAGCAAUGCAGAAGAUCACACUGAUGGGGCCCAGUCAGCAGAGAAGGUUGUUGAAGGCUCUGGAGAACAUUGAGGUUGAUACUCAGGCCACAGUUUUUCACACACUCAUCAGUUCCCCACCAGCUAGAAGGCGGGGCUCAGCGGAGGCCAUUUACGUUACCAUGGAGAUUUUGUCGAACUGGGGUGGCGGUGGACUCGUGGGACUGACAGAGGUCCAGUUCUUCUGCAGGCGCAACCGCAAGCUUCACGUCUCUCCACACGACCUGGACAUCCGGAACGCCGAUCAGCCCGGGAACCUCGGAGCGCUCGUCAACGGCAAGACCAAGACUGUUAAAGAGCGGGACAUGUGGACGUGUCGGUUCUAUGCACCGAUGCAGUUGUACUUCGUAGUGAGAAACAACGACUGCUCUCCGGACUUCAGCAUUGCACGCAUCAAAAUCUGGAAUUAUAACCGCAGCCUGAAGGACCUGGUCAUAGGAGCACGUGAUGUACGUGUGUACGUAAACAGCACGCUGGUCUUUGAUGGUCAUUUGGAACAAGGCUCCGGUAACCAGGUGUUCGAUUACAGCACCACCAUCGACCUGGAGGAACUCCAUCUUCCAGAAUGCUCCUCUCCGAACCCUGCCCUCUUCAGCCCACCUCGUCAUGAUGACCUCUCUCGGGAUCUCAACCCCAGCAAAUCCCAGAUCGGCUCUUGUGUCAUCAGGGAGGUGAGUGAACGAUCAGGCCACGAUCGCACCCCUGCCAUGCGUAGGAGCAGCGACAGUAUGCAGACCAACUCAUCAGAGCUCAGAGAGCCGGCCCUGGUGGGGAACAAAUGGGAGGUGGGCACCACAGUGACCAUGCAGCCAGCUUCACGCGGGGUUCAGGAGCGUCCCUCAUGGCUGGAACCGCAGAACAAUCUCGCGGCCAACAAGAACAAACUUUCAGUCCUUGAUGAUGUCUCCUGCAGUCCAGCCAGCGUCUGUGGCCACCAAGUGCCUUUGCCCACUAACGCUCCGGAGAGAAGCUGUGAGAAGGCUAAACCAGAGCGUGGAUCGGGUCUUCUGGAUGCUCUGAGCAAAGAGCAACCAGGAACACGAGCUGUCAGUGGGCGAAGAGGGUCUGCACGCUCGCAAAUCAAAUCUGAUGCAGAGAGAGGAGCUCGCUCGGUUGUCCACGGUAACCGGGGCCUCCGAUCCGACUGGCUGAUCGAGGCAGACAACGACAAAGCGGUCAUUCUAAAGAGAUCACAGGACUCGCUGUCGAAGCCUGAGGGUGAUGUUUUUGACGAGUUUCUCCAGCGCUGGUCCUCCCCCUCUGCUGUGACGCCGGACCCUGUGACCUCUGACCCUGAGGAGGAGUUUGAGAUCCCGGUCCUUCCACAAGGUCGGCACCUUGUAAUGCGAAUCCUGUCCACAUGGGGAGACCGUCGCUACGUGGGCCUCAGUGGCGUGGAGAUAUUCAGUGCAAGCGGAGAACCGGUCGCGCCGCAGCACGUCUCUGCUGUUGUGAACGGACUACCCGAGGUUAACGGGGAUGUUUCCAAGGUGACGGAUGGUGUCCAGCGCACACAGGAUGACACGCACAUGUGGCUGGCCCCAUUUGUAGCGGGGAAGCGGUGCGAGAUCGCGCUGGACCUCGGGGAGACUCAGCGCCUCGCCAUGAUCCGGGUGUGGAACUACAACAAAUCUCGCAUUCACUCGUUCAGAGGCGUGAGAGACGUGGACAUGCUGCUGGACGGACACAGGAUUUUUAAAGGAGAGAUUGCUAAAGCAUCUGGCACACUCAUAGGAGGUCUGGAUCAGUUUGGCGAUACGAUCCUCUUCACCACAGACGAUGAGAUCCUGGAAGCCAUGUCUCGCUUUGAUGACACGUUUGUGUCUGUGAAUGAGGAGGCGGGGCCUGAAGCAGAGGGGGAGGGACUUCAGCGUCCCAAGACCGCAGAUGAAGAAGAAGAAGGAACACCACACACACAGGCUGGAUUACAGGAGAACCGAGACACUGCAGUAGAACCAUGUGCAGAAGUAGAGAACACAAGUUCUGGUGUCUACACGGGAAAGAGCGUGUGUCUGUCUCUGAUUUCGACGUGGGGUGACUCUCACUACCUGGGCCUCACCGGGUUGGAGAUUGUCACUAAGGACGGCGAGGUCAUCCCCGUUGAUGUCUCCAUGGUAACGGCAACACCACGUGAUCUCAACGACCUCCGAGAGUAUAGUGAUGACCUUCGUACUCUGGACAAAUUAUUUGAUGGACAGAACAUCACCACUGAUGAUGUGUGUGUGUGGUAGUUUAUGUGGAUGAAGUGUGUGUGUGUGUGAAUCUGGAAUUACAACAAAUCACCUGAGGACUCCUACAGAGGGGUGCAGGUAUUGUGUGUUUAUGUGGAUGAGGUGUGUGUGUCUCCGGACGGGUUCCUGAUCAGGAAAGGGCAGGGAACUGUCACCGACUUCGCUCAGGAGAUUCUCUUCAUUGACUAUAUUAAGUCCAACAGUGUGUGUAAAACACACCCACAACACACACACACAGGUAACAUCACACACACAGAGAAGGCCAGUAUGGAGUAUGAAGCUCCUCUCAUGCCGUAUGGAUUUAUUUUUCAGUUGCAGCUCUUGACUACCUGGGGUGACCAGUACUACAUCGGCCUCAAUGGUCUGGAGUUUUACGACCACAACGACCAGAAGAUCCAACUCAGUGACAACAACAUUGCAGCGUUCCCAGAUAGUGUGAACGUGUUGGAUGGUGUGAGUGGAGAUGUGCGAACGCCAGACAAACUCAUAGACGGUGUCAAUAACACACAUGAUGGACGCCACAUGUGGCUCGCUCCAGUGCUGCCCGGCCUGGUGAACCGUGUGUAUGUGAUCUUCGACAAGCCCGUGACCAUCUCCAUGAUAAAACUGUGGAAUUAUUCCAAAACACCACAGAGAGGAGUCAAAGAGUUCGGGCUCCUUGUGGAUGAUCUCCUGGUGUAUAAUGGGAUCCUGGAGUGUGUGUCACUCGUCUCUCGGGGGAUUCUGCCAACCCUGGAACCCAUUGUCCCCUACCACACGAUACUGUUCACCAACAACACACACGUCACACACCGUGAGAGGAACACCGUCAUCAGCAACUAUGUGGAAGACCAGGAUGUAAAGAUGACUAAUGAUAACCAGAUUGUCCAACAGCACAACAAGAAAAAACCAACAGCAGACCCAGCACUGAGACCCAAAACCUGCAUGACGGACACGCCCAAACACAGGACACGCCCCUGCUGACACACCCAAACACAGGACACGCCCUGCUGAUACAGUAUAUAUAUAUAUAUUACUCUUUAAAGAGGUGUAGUGGUCACACACCCUGACCUGCUGUCGUUUUCCCAUGUGUGUGUGUGUGUGUGGGUGUGUGUGUG